GCGGACAGGAGGCGUGUAAGAAUAACGCGAUGAUUGGCUGGGGAUAAUUCGACGCAGCACCAACAUAAACACGGACAAUCAGAGAGACUGCAGAGAAAGUUGAACAAUGUCGUUACGAGGCAUUUUUAAGAUUAUUCACCGCUCUUAUUUCGGGACAUUGCACUCACGUUUCCCUUUAAGCAGAUAUUUUAUAAAAUCAUCCUCAGCUUCUCACACACACUAUAGUAGCAGCAGUACAGAGGGCAUCAGCCGCUAUCCUGUACCCAAUAAGAAAAAUCUGCCUUUUGAUAUUGUUGAGCUGAUGGAGGAAGUUGAAGAGAAGGGUGGAUUUCUCCCCAACGUGUUCAAGGUUCUGUCUCAUCGUCCUGCUGAGUUUCGUGCUUUCUUUUCUUAUUAUAAUGCCCUUAUGAACAAGGAAACUGGUGGUCUGUCAAAAGCGGAUCGGGAACUGAUUGUUGUCGCAACAAGUGCUCACAAUCACUGCUUGUAUUGUGUCGUAGCCCACAGUGCAUUGCACCGCAUCUAUUCCAAAAAACCUAUGCUGGCUGACCAGGUUACAGUGAAUUACAAAGUUGCCGAGCUAACAGCCCGUGAGCGAGCAAUGCUUGACUUUGCUUUGGCAGUAUGCAGGAGCGAAACAACAACUGAAGAACAUUUCAGCACCCUGGAGACUCAUGGAUUUGACCGUGAAGAUAUUUGGGACAUUGCUGCCAUUGCUGCUUUUUUUGCCAUGUCCAACCGCUUGGCCCAUCUGACUGAUAUGAGACCUAAUACAGAGUUCUACAGUAUGGGCCGAGUGCCAAAAGAUAAAGCAAAAAAGUCUGACGGGAGCGCGAAAGGGGAUUAGGAUAAUGUCAGGUUAAUUUUUCACAACAUUAGAUAAAUACAAAAAUAUGCCUUUCAAAAUGUCACCCCUUUCUGACACUUGCACUACUGUAUGCACCUUUUGGUUUUGUGGUAUUGUGAUUGAUACUAAAAUACAGUUACACACAAAAUGAAUGGCUUUUUUAAGUAUUAUCUGUCAGUCUUUGAAUUCAAUGUCUCUUUUUGUCAGCCUAAAUUUUUGGGAUUUGCUUUUUUUAUUAGAAGGAGAAUAUCUGAAUAUCCAGUUGCAGAAAUACAGUCCUGAAUAAAACAUAAUUUGAUAAAAA